GACCAAUGUUAGAUAAACGUAGAAGUUGUCAAUCUUGCAUGACAUUUGUGUCAGACUCGUCAUCGUCCAAAAAUACCGGCAGGAUAAUUGCGAAGAAGGCCGGUGAGACCUGUUAAAGCGAUUGCGUGUCAUUGAAGACGAGUAUCUCAAUAUUGUCAUUCUGUCGCGAUGGACAAGACGAAGCUGAUCAGUAACGACCUGGAGUUACCACCGUUGCGUAGCUUGGACGACUUCCUGUUGGAGUCUGCUCGUUUCCAACUACCAAAUCUCAAAGACUUGGAGAAAUGGGGCAACCGGGUGGUUAACAACCUUCUGUAUUAUCAGACUAAUUAUUUAUUCAUGUCUGUCAUAAUCUUCCUCAUUGUUGGAUUACUUCAUCCUGUUAAAAUGCUAGUCGGUAUGCUAGCAAUGAUGGCAAUUUUGGGUACAUUUGCCUAUGUAACUAUGGAAGGAAGUGUAAUACAUCAUUUCAAAAAGCAAUAUCCAGUAGUUGGAGUGUUGUUUAUAAUAUUUGCUGGAUGUUUCAUAACAUAUACUCUUGGGUCUCUCUUAGUUUUCUUGCUGGGUAUUUUAUUACCUUUCUGUGUGACAUUUGUGCAUGCCUCACUGAGAUUAAGAAAUAUCAAAAACAAGAUUGUCAACAAAAUUGAAGGCAUUGGCUUGAAACGCACACCAAUGGGUGUGUUUCUGGGACAUCUCGACGAUGUGACUGGUAUGACCUUACGCGCGCAGACAUCAUUCAUGCAACCGCCUAAUUAAUAUCCUGCUUAUGCAUCAGGUUGUAUAUUAAAUUGACAAAAUUAAUAUCAAUAAUCAUUGAUACUUGUAACUGCUGCUACUCUAAUCGAAUCAUAUGGUUUUAUCAUAUUAUUAUCAUGAUGAAAUGAAUCUUGUAUUA